GCGAGAGUCAGGAUCGGAAUCCGUGGAAUCGGAGCAGCAUGUCGAUGUCCGACUCCGAUUCGUCGUCUCAGGGAAGCGAGUACAAAUGUUUCCGGCAAAUUACGCGGGACAGAUUGUUAUACGAAAUGCUUAGAUCUGCCCGAUCAAAGGAUUCAAAAUCAACAUGGAAGUUUGACCCCUUACAUUGCAGGUACUGAUCAUGGACAAACUAACAGUUAAGAUAAUGUCUUAUGCAUGCAAGAUGGCAGACAUCACAGAAGAAGGAGUUUCUUUGGUGGAAGAUAUUUACCGGCGAAGACAACCAGUCCCCACAAUGGACGCCAUAUACUUCAUCCAGCCUACAAAAGAGAACGUUCUAAUGUUUCUCUCUGACAUGGCUGGGAAAUCUCCUUUGUACAAAAAGGCCUUUGUCUUCUUUAGUUCAUCCAUUUCGAAAGAACUGGUCGAUCAGAUAAAAAGGGAUACUAGUGUUCUGUCUCGCAUUGGUGCCCUUAGAGAGAUGAACUUGGAAUACUUUGCCAUCGAUAGUCAGGGUUUUGUAACUGAUAAUGAGAGGGCCCUAGAAGAACUUUUUGGAGAUGAUGAAGGUUCUCUCAAGGGUGAUGCAUGUCUGAGAGUGAUGGCCACCCGCAUUGCUACAGUUUUUGCCUCAUUACGGGAGUUUCCAUUUGUUCACUACCGUGCUAUCAAAUCCAUUGAUCCAACUACAAUGACUACAUUUCGUGAUUUAAUUCCAACAAAGCUUGCUGCGGCCGUAUGGAAUUGUCUCAUGAAAUAUAAAUCUACCCUUCCGCAUUUUCCACAAACAGAAACAUGCGAGCUUCUUAUUGUUGACAGAUCUGUAGAUCAGGUUGCUCCAAUCAUACAUGAGUGGACAUAUGAUGCCAUGUGUCAUGAUUUGCUGAACAUGGAAGGAAAUAAGUAUGUACAUGAGGUUCCAAGCAAAACGGGUGGGCUUCCAGAGAUGAAGGAUGUGCUUUUGGAGGAUCAUGACCCAAUCUGGUUAGAGCUUCGUCAUGCACAUAUUGCAGAUGCUAGUGAACGGCUGCAUGAAAAGAUGACGAACUUUGUCACCAAAAAUAAAGCUGCACAAAUGCAGCAUGGUUCAAGAGGAGGUGGUGAGUUGUCUACAAGGGAUUUGCAAAAAAUGGUUCAUGCUCUGCCUCAAUAUAGUGAACAAAUUGAGAAGCUCUCUCUCCAUGUAGAUAUUGCUGGAAAGCUGAACAAAAUUAUCAGAGAGUUUGGACUUAGAGAACUAGGGCAAUUAGAGCAAAAUCUUGUCUUUGGAGAUGCUGGGACAAAAGAUGUCAUCAACUUCCUAAGAAUGAAUCAGGAUGUAUCACGUGAAAACAAGUUGCGGUUAUUAAUGAUAUAUGCAGCAGUUCAUCCUGAGAAAUUUGAAGAUGAUAAACUCGUAAAACUAAUGGAGUUAGCAGGACUGCCACAAGAUGAUAUGAAUGCUGUGUACAAUAUGAGGUUACUGGAGGCUGCAUCAGAAAACAAAAAAAGCUCGAUUGUACCUUUUUCUCUAAAAUUUGAUGUUAAUAAGAAGAAGCAUUCUUCUACAAGAAAAGAACGAACCGACGAAGAAUCAACCUGGCAAUUAUCCCGUUUCUUCCCCGUGAUUGAGGAACUAGUUGAAAAGUUGAGCAAAGGUGAUCUCCCCAAGAAUGAAUAUCCAUGCAUGAACGAUCCAUGCCCAACAUUCCAUGGGACCUUGCAGGGUGGGUCAAUGCGACUUAACAAUGUUCCAGCUCCUCAUUCAAUGAGAUCUAGACGGACUGCAACUUGGGCCCGCCCUCGAGGUUCUGAUGAUGGGUAUUCGAGUGACUCAAUUUUGAGGCAUACAUCAAGUGACAUUAAGAAAAAGGGUCAACGUAUUUUUGUAUUUAUAGUUGGCGGGGCAACUAGAUCUGAGCUACGCGCUUGUCACAAACUAACGACAAAGCUAAAGCGAGAAGUGAUUUUAGGAUCAUCAAGCCUUGAUGAUCCUCCACAAUUCAUUACGAAAUUGAAAAUGUUGACUGUUAAUGAUCUAUCGUUGGAUGAUCUGCAAAUAUGAGCUGCACGGGAACGUACGCAUUUAUUUUGAUUGUUCUCUAAAAUUAGCUUUAUGUUUAAUUGAAUUGAAUAACACCCUUCUCUGUUAGUUCAAACAAUCACAGUAGUGUCCUUUGUAAUGACAUCUAUUUGGCAGAGCUUCUUUGUAUUGACAACUUGUUGUAAUGAAACUUUUUUCUUUGU